AUGGAAUCGGAGCAACAGGUAAUCGAAGACGAAGAUGAGGAUUUCCUUACUCCUCGAACCUUUGUCGUUCCCGAAGAAUCCGAUGCAACCAAAUCAACUAUCGAGGAGCUGGAUCAGGUCAUUUUGAUCAAAUAUAUGCCCGAGAAAAAGGUAGAUGAAAAACUCUACCAAUAUUUGGCAGUAUCCGAGAUAGCAGUAAGUGGCGUAAUAGUCCGAGAAGAGCAAAGUACGCAAUUCCCUAUUUAUUAUGUGACGGAGUUUCUCGAGGCACACAAAAUAAAGAGGAUUUUGUCAACAUCAUACAACCCAACUGGAAAUGGGAAAGCCGAGUCAACAAACAAAACUAUCAUUCACAACCUGAAGAAACAGUUUGACGAUGCAAAGGGGAAAUGGAGGGAAGUUCUACCCGAGGUCCUUUGGGCAUAUUGGACAACAUCGAAGACUAGCAUGGGGGCCACUCUGUUUUCUCUAGUAUAUGGCUCUGAGUCCCUCUUCCCCAUCAAGGUCGGAGAACCCAGCUUCAGGUUUCAACAUGCAUCGAAGGAGACAAAUCACGAGGCCAUGAAUACUAACCUCGAGUUAAUAGAUGAAAAGCGAGAAGCAAUGCUUGAUCGGAUGGUCAUGCAGAAGCAAAGGAUCGAAAGAUACUAUAAUAGAAGGACCAACCUUCGGCACUUUGGAAUCAGGGACUUAGUCCUACGGAAAGUCAUCCUCAAUACUCGAGACCCAAAUAAAGGAAAACUGGGCCAAAAUUAG